GUCUACAUCUUCAGCUGCACUUUUCGCAUAGUUUACUCCUCUCCAGACAUAUAUAUAUACUGCACCAAUGUGAUUCAGUAACCGAUUUUAAACAAUUGUUUGCAAUCAGUUGUUUCAACCACAUUAGUCUAGAAGAUAUUCUCGUGCAAGUGAACUACUUGAUUAUCCAAGUUAUUAUCCAAGUAUCUGUUGUUUCGCUGCCGAUCGUGUAUAGUUUUCUUGCUUCCUCCUGCAUACUGAGCAAAUGUUGUUUGUGUUGUUAUUGAUAAGCCUCGGCGGUCUGGCUGAAGGACUGCGGUUCUACAACAAUGUAGGCUCUAUCACGACUGAUGAUAUCACUGCUAUGGAUUGCUACAAGGGAAACAUUGACUUCCGGUGUAAAUAUGUCGAGGCUUGUGGAUUAUAUCUUCAAAGUUUAGCGAGGAUUUGUAACCGAAAGAAUGAACGGAAAGUGGCCCUUAAGGUAGCAGCAGAAGCAGCCCAGUUCGACGAUUACCGUAGUCAAGUGGUUGCUACUAGCAACCCUUACUUCGUCACGGAGUUAAGGAAUAUUACAGUGCAAGAAGGUGACACAAUCACUUUACGCUGCGUCGCUUCAGGUAACCCAAUUCCCAGAGUGGCUAUAUCAACCAAACAAAUGUACCGGAAAUUGAGAUAUUCUAACAGAUACCGAAAUGUAGAUACCGGGUACAGGGACGUCCACUCCGAGUUCACUAUAUUCGAUAUAACCCUGGAGAACGAGGGCUGGUACAGGUGUGCCGCAGUUAACACUCACGACUACCUUAUAUCUGACGCGUAUGUGACGGUGCAGUCUGAUCCCUGUAAGGAUGUAAGGUGUGGGCAGUUGGAAGUGUGUAAGAACCAGAAUGGUGUUGGGACAUGUUCCUGUCCCACCCUGGACUCUUGCAGCCAGGAACCUAUUGAACCCAUCUGUGGAAACAACUGUGUCAGCUAUUUCAACCGCUGCACUUUGAAGGUAGAAGCCUGCCAGUCCGGUAAGAACCUUACUGUUUGGCAGGACAAUCUCUGUCCUGUCAUCAAGGACCCGGAAGUUAGCCAGCUCAAAAAUAAGAUGUUGGUGCAACAAGGAGCCAGUCUGCGACUGAAGUGUGGGAGUCACGGUACCCCUAGCCCAGAUGUGGCUUGGUACCGAGUCGAACGUAAAGGCCUGGCCCUGAUGUCCAACAAAGACCUGUUGGAAGUGAAGGACGUGUCAAGCGACGUGUCCGGCAAGUACGUGUGUAUGGCAACUAACUGUAUCGACAGAUCUAUUAGAUCUAAUAUUGUGAGUGUGGACGUGCUACAGAUGCAGGAAACCGAGCGGAAAGUGUGUCACGUGUUCGGGGACCCUCACGUCACUACCUUUGACGGUUCCAUGUACAGCUUUGUGGGAGCCUGUGAGUAUGUUCUUACUAUGGACUGUGGAAAGCACCCCAAAUGGUUCGUGUACGGUAGGAUAAAACCUUGUGGAGCCGACUCCAGCUGCCUUGAGUCCAUCACUGUUAUUUCCGACGGUACUGCUGUCCAGUUCCUGCAAGGUUGGUUAGUAAAUAAUAAUGGCACGGAGGAGAUUAUCGCUCCUGGCGGGCAAGUCACGUUGGGCAGCCUCACUAUUGAUUACGACAGAGAUGGCCUCAUUUACACGAUUACAAUGGGUCAGCAUGGCAUCUCAGUGACGUGGGACGGGUACAGUAGUGCUACUAUCAUUGCAGAACACCACAUGGACAGCUGUGGCCUUUGUGGUGGUCACAGUGGUAAGGGAGAUAAUGAUGUAGAGAGGAGCUGGUUUAGUGGCUACUAUAAUAAUGUACUGAUGGAGAAUGACAGUCCUAGUGAGCUGAUAGGAAGUUGGAAGAUGGACUAUUUCGCUCAACAGUGCCCUCAAACAACAGCCGAGGUGGGAGCUCCGUUCACCAACACCUGUGCAGAUGAAACAACCGAGAGGAUCUUUGAAGAGGAGUGUCGCAGUAUCCUAGAGGGAGACGUUUUCUCUCACUGCAUGCAUUCUGAUGAACAAAUAGAGUUUUACACUCGAGCUUGUAUCAGGGACUCCUGUGGACAUACGAACAGUGACCACCCGUUCUGCGAGUUUAUGGAGUCCAUCAAGCAGCGGUGUGAACAGGAAACCCACAUUCCAGUGGAGCUGAACCUGGCUGAUUGCCCGGACAAAGUGAGCCGCAAAGUUGAGAUGAUUAAACACUUCCUGUGAGCUGUGUACUGUGUAACACUGUUAUAUUUGGGACAAACCGUUUCUUAUAUGUAAUGUGUUUCUAGGAAAAGGUGCCAACUAAAGUUUCAAUUGAAACAGGCUAGGUUUAAUGUUGCGUCUAUCCCGACAUUCUCAAAAUGAAAUUAAAUUACUACGAUAGCUUAUUUGAAACAACGAGCAAAAAAUCUGCAAAAAAGUCCAGAUGGCAGGGAUGCUUGAUCUGAUCGUAUAAAACUGCCAACCUUAAAAUAAUAUUUAUUUGUUGAUAUUAAGUUCAAGAUAGGCCUACAAUUAACGUUUUAUUUGUUUAUAUUAUUUUGUAAACUCUCAUAAGCA